AUGUACUUUUCAAAUCCCCACGCUUCGCUGCCUGGACCUAUACCCCCCCAUGGCAACCCGUCCCCAGCGCACUCGGCCUCUGCUACCCCCGCAAACAACUCUCCCACCUCUCCUCGCCUUCAAAACUCCCAGCUUCACCAUGUUCAGUCGCAGUCGAGGCAGCUUCGCCCUUUGAAAAGCCCACUGUACGUGCCUGCGGUUCUACGCCCUACUGGACGGCCUGCCAAAUUCUCUCCGUUAACACCUCCCCGGAGCGUUCAUGAUGUGUCAGAUGACAUUAAUAAUACUGGUGUUCCUCCCCUGCUCUCCCGCACAUCGACCAUCGAUAGUGUUCGCAGUCAGUUUAGCAAGAUAGCCGAAGAUGAAUGGUUGAAAUUUCAAAAUCUUGGGAUGGUCACAGGCUCGCCCACGAGAGAACACUGGAAGAAUGCGCAGUUCCAUCCUGGCGGCAUUCCGUCUCGCGCGUGCGACCUCUGCUGGAGUGAAUACUGCCGUUGGGACCAGUCACGCAUUGAUCAGCUGAACCAAAUACAACACGAUCUAGCCUCUCAACUCGAGCAGAAACGGAAUGACGGAGCUAUAUCAACUACAGUCAAGGACACAGACUCCGACAGGGCCAGCGUAAGCGAUGCAAGCUUCAUCUCGCCAGCCGUGGGCCACCAAGAUACCGUUAUGGCAACCAGUGUGCCCAAAGAUUGGAGCUGGAGCACAUUUUAA